GCCUUUGCCACUCUGUGCAACUUUGUGUUCCAGCCAUGAGGAGUACCAACUAAGAAAGGAGAGUGUAUCAAGGCCCUUUUGGAAGGGAGGGGAAGAUUAGUGUAGAUUGGGGCAGAAACAGAACCACUCUCUCAUGCCCCAACUCAGUCCAAGCCCCUGAGCCUCAACACUCUCGCAAAAGCCACGAUGUCUUCACUCUUUAUUUUUGGUGUCUUGCUUGUAAACGCUGCCAAUUUGGCUGCUGCAGCGCCAGUACUUGCUCGCAACCACCCCCUGCUCAACUCGCCGCUUUUCAACACCCCCUUACCGCCACCACCCUCUGCCUUGGGGAGCCUCUUCCCGGUGUUCUUUCGCUCCCGUCAGGACCCAAAACCCGACGCGGCGGACCUCGAUACCCGCUCCCACCAUGGCAAAGACAUGAGCAAUCCAAAACCGCAUCUAUUAAGCGCCAUUACAGUCACCGUCACCGCCACCGUCGAGCCCCAGCCCCAGCAGUCAAUUCCACCACCACCGCCACCGCGACUCCUUAACAGCCUCCACCACAACCCCAACCCCAGACUCAACCCCCAACCCCAAACAACCUCAACCACAGUACAGUCCCUACUCACCUUCCCAGAGACGGUCGCCUUCACGACGACGGCCUUGCCAGCCGUGACUGUCACGGGGGCUGCUGACGCCCACGAACGUGGUGGUCAUUAGUGGGAUUCCGGUUAGUGAGGCGGGGGUGGUUCCUACGGCAGUGGUGGCGGAAGUGGUG